AUGCAUUACUCUACAAUCCUUCUUACCUCUGCCGCCUUGAUUCAAGGUGCCCUUUCACUCGGGGUCUCAACUUUUACUGGCCCUGACUGCACGGGCGAUCAGUACAAUGUCUACCUUGCGAACAUCGAUACCAAAGAAAACCUCCCUCCGUUCCGUUCUUAUAGAGAGAAUGGAUGGGGUUCCAAGUUGUAUCGAAUUGGAUUCUACGAGUCAACGGAUUGUGUUGAUAACUUUCUGUAUGACACAUGGGCUUACGAUGGGGACUAUUUUAAGUCUAAGCAAUGCUACAAUCUCGCGGAUCAUGCGUCUGAGUUGGGAUCUCCUUUCAAUACCGCUCGUUGCGUUAAGGAUACCUUGGGCGACAAUGAUAGCUAG